AUGAGUUCUCGCAGAUCUCGCCCCACCCCCAAGAGCACUCCCGCGGCGCCCAAGGCAGCAGCCGGGAGCCGCCGCAAACAUGCAAGCUCAGCAGCAGCUCAACCUCCACGGAAGAAACAGAAGACAACGAAAGAGGCGCCUCUCAACGCGGUUCCAGAGACAGUCCUCGCCGUCUUCAUGUUCGGCUCCGGCGAGAAUGGCGAGCUUGGCCUCGGCCCCAAGGUUACGGCGUCCAAGCGGCCAAAGCCAAACCCUCACCUUGACGCCAAGGACUCGUCCGCUCUGCACAUCGUGCGGCUGGCCUGCGGCGGCAUGCACACCGUUGCGCUCACAGCAGACAACCGUCUCAUAACGUGGGGCGUCAACGACAAUGACGCCCUCGGCCGCCCUACCAACUGGGAAGGGAAACUCCGUGAUGCCGACGCAGGGUCCGACAAUGACGACGCAGAGUUGAACCCGCGCGAGUCGACGCCGACCGAGGUGUCGACGGAGAACAUCCCCGGGGCGACCAAGUUUGUCGACGUCGCCGCGGGGGACAGCUGCAGCUUCGCCGUCACCGAUACGGGUCUCGUCUAUGGAUGGGGCACUUUUCGCAACUCCGAAGGCAAGGAGAGCUUUGGUUACACGGCUGGUGGCGCCCUCAUCAAGCGACAGCCCGUUCCCAUGCUCAUCCCUGGCCUGCUUCGUGUCACGCAACUAGUUUGCGGCGCGAACCACGCGCUCGCCCUCGACGCUGCCGGCACCGUUUGGGCGUGGGGCUGCGGCCAGCAGAAUCAGUUUGGCCGUCGCCUCUUUGGCCGCCACCAGGAAAGCCUCCGUCCCCGGCCAGUGCCCGUGUGCCGCAGCGGUGCGCGCCUCAUCGCAAGCGGCGAGUACCACUGCUUCGCCGUGGGACAGCGCCGUGACGACGUCUGGGGCUGGGGCCUCAACAGCUUCGGUCAAACGGGCGAUGCGACCUCAGCUGGGGGAGACUCGGCGCUGCUGCCGUACCCGGUCAAGAUCCCGGCGCUUUGUGGACAGGGCGUCGCCGUCAUAGCAGGCGGCGCGCAUCACUCUGUGGCCAUUACGGCGGAUGGACAGGUCUACACGUGGGGACGCAUGGACGGCGGGCACCUCGGCAUCAAGUUUACCGAUCAGCAGCUGGGAGACGACACGGUAGUGCGCCGCGACGAGCGUGACAAGCCGCGCAUCUGCCUGCAACCGACGCCGGUGCCGCAGAUUGGCGAGGCCGUCCAUGCUGCCUGCGGGACCGACCAUACCAUAUUUGUUGCCAAAGACGGCCGUGCCUGGGCGACGGGGUUUGGGUCGGAGGGGCAGCUCGGGUUGGGGUCAGACGACGAUGUGGAUGUCGCGCAGCUCAUCCAGGGCAAGGCGGUCAAGGACCGGAAACUGACCUGGGCUGGCGCGGGAGGGCAGUUUUCGUCUGUGGCCGGGCCGGCUGCAUGA